AAAAGGCGUGUCAUCUGUUCAUCGACCGCAGUGAUCUGAUGUAGAAGCCAGCAAAGAACCCGGUUCCAAAUCCCGGCCAAGAACCACGCCCGAACUCCAAAUCUCUCCCUAUCAAACGGUCUUAUUCUUUUGGCCGCCUCGGCCGCAACACACACCCGUCGUCUUCUCCGCAUAUAACCGACAAAACUUCCAAACUACCUGUACCACAUCUCUCAUCCCAAAGUUUACGGCAGACAAGAGACCUUCCUGGUGUCCAACCUGUUUUCCAUGUCUUUUGCCAUCCCUACUCCUCCUCGUCGAAGCAUUUUACGCCUAGUCCCAAGGACUCAACUCCAAUCAAAGCCAAUCACCACCCCACACUUCCUCCUCCGCACCUCCCCCGCCAUCAACAUCAGAAUGUCUUCCUCAGCCACCGGAACCUCUAAACCACUCUACGAAUGGGUGGUGCAGAUUCCCGACCUCCCCGGUGCCCUCGACAAACGUAUGGCCGCUCGCCCCGCCCACCUGGCUAAUUUGAAACCCUUGAUCGAUGAGGGCAUUGUUGUCUUUGGCGGAGCUCAAUUGUCCACACAGCCCAAAGAGGGUGAAGCUCCAGCUAUGAUGGGAAGCAUCAUGAUGAUGAAGGCUGAGAGCGAAGAGAAGGUGCGAGAGUUCAUUGAGAAGGAUGCGUAUACUGUGGGCGGUGCGUGGGACGCAAAGAAUGCAAAGAUCUUCCCAUUCCGGUGUGCAGUCAGGACCGCCAUGUAAAUAAUCACCAGCACUCUCUACAAUUUGUCACGGCAAGGGGACAGAGACACCUUGGUUUGGUUGGUGGGUGAAAUAGACUGCAUCUCGAGUCAUGUCGUCCUGUGACUUGUUCUUCUGCCUUGACCAAAGCAACAUCAAUACCAAAACACUAUUCCUUGACGCUUAUCGAGCCUGCCCCUUACGGGUACUUCAACUAGACGGCCCUUGAGCCUUCCACCUUGUCUUCUGCUCUGGUGACAC